AUGGCUGGCCAGAGCGUAUUAGGAAAACAUAGACCAACAUGCCCAUAUAGUUGUGAUUAUGUUGAGAAACGAUGCCCACCAGUAUUAAAAGCGUUAUUGUCCAAAUUAAAUAUUAUUUGUUGUUAUGAAAUAAAUGAUUGUGAUGAUAUUUUAUUGUAUGAAUCGUUAGAACAACAUGAGGAAAAUGAAUAUAUUUAUAAAAUUGUACAAUGUCAUAGAUGCAAAAGUGAUUAUUUAAAAAAACAUAUAGUUCAGCAUGAACUACAAUCUAACGAUGCAAGUUCCAUGAUCUUCGACAAGUCCUUUCAUAACGGUGCAGAGAAACCAACCGAUGAUAGAAAUAAUUGCCUAAGAAAGACCGUUCGAUCAUUUGAUCUCGAACCAGAAAUAUACAGUGGUACCAUAGAUUUAAGAAAAGAUGCUAAUUAUACUGAACUUCAUAUUGUACUUCAAGAUUUAAUUGAUGAUUUAUUAGAAACUAAAGAAGAAGAUUUCAUAAGAAGGUUUCAACUCAUAUUUCGAUUAAGCUGUAGAAAAUUUGGUAAAUUUAAUAUAUUAUUGCGUAUAGAUCCCAGAGUAUGGUAUAACGUUAACAAGUUUGUCUAUAUCAAUGAAAUUGAGAAUAGAGCAAAUAUUUAUAUAAAUAAGGUGAAAGUUACUGAAAAAUUAAUUAACAACAAUAAAAAAAUCAAAGUCUUAAAUAUUAAAAAAUCAAAAAACAAUAAAGUAGAAUGGCAUUGUACACACCUAAUUGAUAAUAAUGGUCAAUGUAAUUUUGAGGUUUUAAGGAAAAAUUUUAUCUAUUAUGAUGAAGAAAUGAAAUUUUAUCUAUCAUCUAAAAUUGGCAAUAAGUAUACAUUAAUAUUAUGUCCAUUAAAUCAUUAUAAUCAACAAGAAUUUGUUACUUGCAGCAAUACAUGGUUAUGUGUUAAUAAAGCAAUUAAAUGGUUACAAAAUAGUUUAAAUAUUAAUUAUUUUCCAUUAAAAAUGAUAGUUAUUAAUGUUAAUGAAUACAUGUCACAAUACCCUAUACACCUACAACAUAGCCAUGGCCAUAUUCAAUUAAUUUUAAAUCAUCUAGCAAUAAAUGCUUGUUUAAAUAAUAUAAAAUUUAAAUCAUUAUUUUACCCAGAAAAUUUACCAACAAAUUAUCGCUUGGAUGAUGCACGUGAAUUAAAAUCUUAUAUUGAUGAUGGAAUUAUUGGUAUUCAAUGUAUUGAAUAA